AGGAAGUAAAUGUCUUUCACGGCUGGCUUCUUCCCACUCAUCUGUCUGUGUUUGGAGCCAUUUAACUCUUCUGGAAACAGUCCUCGGUCCUGUAUUAUUUGUUUUAAGGAUUAUUCAGAUAAACGAUGUGGCUGUUAAAGCCGAACCACGCCUGCAGAUGAGGACACUCCUUUUUGGUGCUUGGGUGGUGUUAUACGUUUCAGUUCUUUUAGUAGCUCGAAGGAUGUGGGUUGGAAAGUAUUCUCGGAGUCCACUUACCCGGACGCUUUUCACGAACGCGUUCACCGGCUCGGAUUUGAAUGCACAAGGAGUGCAAGAGUGGUAUCGCUGCUCUCCUGACCUGUUAGGUGAGAAAAUUCAGCCCUUGUUUGUGCAGUGUCAUUUAGAUGAGGAUACUCAAGCUUUCCUUCAGAGGAGUGUGGAGAAAUCUGGUUGGGUCUUUACCCAACUCUAUCACUCACUCUUCUCCACCAUCUUCAGCCCCAUUGUCUCCAGGACAUCCAUCAAUGGGUUUCUGGGCCGAGGCUCCAUGUUUGUUUUCUCACAGGACCAAUUUCGCCAGCUUCUCCAAAUCAGUCCGGACUGGAGAGGAGAAAGACUACUGGAUCUCGGAGCUGGGGAUGGAGGCGUCACUGAAGUAAUGGGCUCUCAUUUUGAAGAGGUUUAUGCCACUGAGGUGUCCCCUCCAAUGAGAUGGCAGCUCCAAAAAAAGAACUACCGGUUGUUGGAAAUUGAUGAGUGGCCAAAGACGGGUUUCCAGUAUGACAUUAUCAGCUGUCUGAACCUCUUGGACCGAUGUGACCAUCCUUUCCAGCUGCUCAGGGACAUCAAGGAGUCUCUGGUACCUGUCACAGGAAGGCUGAUCCUUGCAGUAGUUCUACCCUUUCAGCCGUAUGUUGAAAUAAGAGGAAGAUGGGUGCGUCCUGCAGAGCACAUCCGCUUGAAAGGCACGACUUGGGAGGAGCAAGUUAAAAACCUGUCUGAUGACAUAUUCCACAGUGUAGGACUUGAGGUGGAGGUAGUGACACGCCUGCCAUAUUUAUGUGAGGGAGACAUGCACCAGGAUUAUUAUGUAUUAGAUGAUGCAGUGUUUGUACUGAAGCCUCAGGAAUGAGAUCGUAAUUAACUCAUUCAAACUUGAAUUCACUAAAGUGGCCAUCUGGAGGUUUAUAGAAUUAUAUCUGCGUAUAAACCCUUUACAGUAUACUGAAUUAAAAUUCUAAACAUUUCUCUAUAGUAUUAUGAGGAUAUUAAAGCCAUGGCAAGGACUUUUCUUUACAUGUUAUUUUGGUGUUUAGCAUAUGACUUAUUGGUAAAACAUUUUAAAUGAUCAAUAAUUAAUUAACUGCUACAUUAAGAACUGACUUUGACGCUCAGAUUUGUAAAGAUAUCCAGGUCACUUGACCUGUUGUGCCUACCCUGCAUACUUACCUGAUGUUUCUGAUGAAGGAUCGGUAAGCUAUGUCCAGACCUCAUUUGAACAAUACCGUAUGAUUGAUGCACAGUUUUUAGGAUUUGUUUACACAGACUUCAUAUUCGUAUUCAUUUCCAUCCAAGUGCUGGACUGGUGCUCCUGUAUUUAAUAAUGAUGGCAGGCCUGUUCAUAAUGUAUUGUCUGAAGUAUUUUCAAUAAAAAAAAAACACAUGGCAAACCA